GAUUUCACACUUAGCUUCGGGAAAACAUCAGGAGGUUCUUGCUUCAACAGUGAUUGAACGGAACUUCGGUCUCGUCGGAAUUUCGCUUUGAAUACAACACAUCUAUUUAUUACGUUUUGAUAAUAAAAAAAUCCGCCGAAAUGGAUUCUCAGAUUCGCCAGAACUACGACCGCGACUGUGAGGCUUUGAUCAACAAGAUGAUGAAUUUGGAGCUGCACGCUUCCUACACCUACACCUCAAUGGCUCACUACUUCAAAAGGGAUGAUGUCGCACUUCCUGGUUUUGCCAAGUUCUUCAAGGAAAACAGCGAGGAGGAGCGCGAGCAUGCCGAGAAAUUCAUGGAGUUCCAGAACAAGAGGGGUGGACGCAUUGUUCUUCAGGAUGUAAAGAAGCCUGAGCGUGAUGAAUGGGACAAUGGGCUGGUUGCUAUGCAGUGCGCUCUGCAGCUGGAGAAGAAAGUCAACCAGGCACUGCUGGAUCUGCAUAAGGUUGCCUCUGAGAGGGUUGACCCCCAUCUGUGUGACUUUCUGGAGACUCACUACCUGAAUGAGCAGGUUGAGGCAAUUAAGAAGCUUGGUGAUCACAUCAUCAACCUGUCCAAGAUGGACGCUGGCAACAACAGGAUGGCAGAGUACCUGUUUGACAAGCACACCCUGGGUGGAGACAGCUAAACGCAGCCCUUAGAUCAACUGCAUGCCGCAAAGCUUCCAUCUAUAUUGUACGCUUAAAUCAUCAAGCAAUGUGUUAUCACCGUUCCCAUGCAAAGUCUGAGAUCUUAAGGUUAACUUGAAGUACAAUUUUAAUAUCACUUGUUAAAUGUGCCAGUCUUGUUCUUAAUUUGUCAUCUUGUGAUAGUCACCAAGCCACUAAUUAGUUUUAACAUUGUGAAAUUUGAAUAAACAUUUUGAGCUGGA